AUGGCACCAAGAGGCGGACGUGCAGCGGCUAGUUCCGGUUCUGAGGAUGAGGAAGAGGAGGCUGGGUUCUCUAGGAGCUACUUCCUGGCCAAGGAGAAGGAGCCAUUAUCUGGGAAGAAGCGCGCCCGUGCCGCCGCGGGCAAGCUCUCCGACCUCAACCUCGUCGACGAGCAGGUGUUGCGUGCAUCCCUUGCAGAGAUCCCUCCGAAGCACAAGGAAGAGGUGGAGGCUCUGACUAGAAGCUACAAGGACCAGUACCGCAACUGGCUGUUCGAACUAAGAUGCGGUUUUGGUCUCCUGAUGUAUGGGUUUGGAUCUAAGAAGCAAUUGCUCGAGGAUUUUGCCUCCACUACCUUGACUGAUUUCACUGUCGUUGUAAUCAAUGGCUACCUUCCAUCCGUCAAUUUGAAACAGGUCAUAGCAACAAUAGCUGAAAUGUUCUGGGAUCAAACAAAAGCUAAACGCAAGAGACAGCCAGGAACAAGGUCCCAGUUGUCACAACAGUUUCCGUCACAAUCAACAGAGGACAUCAUCUCAUUCCUAAUGAGACAGACAUCAGAUGAUGUGGAUGAUCGCGUGUGCCUUCUUAUUCAUAGUGUUGACGGGCCUGCUUUGCGUGAUGCUGAAUCACAACAGUGUCUAGCACAAAUUUCUUGCUGCCCACAGGUCCGUGUUGUUGCAUCAAUAGACCAUGUUAAUGCCCCUUUAUUGUGGGACAAGAAGAUGGUGCACAAACAGUUCAAGUGGAGCUGGUACCAUGUCCCGACUUUUGCGCCUUACAAAGUCGAAGGCGUGUUCUACCCAUUGAUCCUAGCUAGUGGUGGUCACGCCCAAACCACAAAAACUGCUCUCGUUGUUCUGCAGAGUCUGACACCGAAUGCACAAAGUGUUUUCAGAGUUCUUGCUGAAUAUCAGUUGGCAAAUGAGAAGGAGGAAGGUAUGCCAGUCAGCAGUUUGUAUACAAAAUGCCGUGAGCGCUUUCUGGUCAGCAGUCAAGUGACAUUGAAUUCACACCUGACUGAGUUUAAAGAUCAUGAUCUGGUUAAGAUCAGGAAGCACUCUGAUGGGCAAGAUUGCCUCCGCAUUCCUCUUGUUUGUGAUGCACUGGAGAAAUUGCUGCAAGAGUUGGCUUGA